AUGCAGGCAGCAUGCAGGCUGAACUCUCGCCGCCCUGCGCAGAAGGCCGAGGCACGCCGCCAGCGGCUGGUGUUCACCCACGCCGCCGCCACCGAGGCCGCCACCGAGGGCGAGGACACUGUGAUUGAGGCCAACGGCAAGAUGAUUGUGGUGGAGUCUGAUGGCACCAUCAUCAUCGGCGGCCCCGAGGCUGUGGCCCGUGCCUCCGCCAGGAGCGAGGCGUUGGAGGCAGCACCCGAGUCGGCCGAGGUCGAGUACCUGACUGGCCGCGCCAACGCCGUGCAGAAGCACUUCCCCUCCUCUCUGGGCGCGGACGACUUCAUGCAGCGCGUGGAGAUGGCUCUGUACGCCUUUGGGUUCACCGGCGACAACUCCAUCGCCAUGGUGAACCUGUGUCGCGACGAGGUGACCCUGACCCUGAAGCACCGCAUUGAGGAGACCUUUGGCUCCGCCUUCUCCACCAACGGCCUGGGCGGCGUGCUGACCUGCGGCGUGACUGGCAUGGGCGCCGGCUUCAGCCACUCUCCUCUGUGCAGCAGCAACAAGGAGCGCUAUGUGUUCUUCUCGUUCCCCCACAUCAGCAUCAACGCCAGCGGUGAGGUGGGCCCCAUGUCCCGCCCCGGCCGCCCCGGCCAGUCCUGCGCCUGCGGUGCCCUGAUCAAGGCCACCAACGAGAUCAAGAGCGAGGGCCUGACCUGCAACUGCAAGAUCCCCGGCGUGCACGAUGCUCUGGACCCUGAGAUGAGCAUUCUGAAGCAGCGCAUUGCCCGCCGCCUGAGGCACGAGGGCAACACCGACGAGUCUGUGAAGAACCUGUCCCUGGUCGACAUCACCAAGGUGGCUGAGCGCACCAUCUCCGACGAUCUGGAGUUCCUCAUCUCCAAGACUGUCAACACCGACAAGGCCGACUACGCCGUCGUCACCGGCGUGCAGAUCCACAACUGGGCCAACGACUUUGAGGAUGCCUCGCCCAACAUGGAGUUUGUGGCACCCACUAGCGCCUACGUCGUGGUCGAUGGCGUGAAGACCCACCUGGACCUGACCGCCAUGCCGCCCAUGACCCCGCGCCAGAUGCGCCUGGUGGCCGGCCCCGCUGACGUGUGCAACCAGGGCGGCCAGACCAUGCUGCGCGAGGAGGAGGCUCCGUACGCCUUCGACUCUAAGGAUGCGCGCCGCUCCCAGAAGGCGCGCCUGCAGCGCUACCUGUCGCUGAUGAAGGAGGAGGGCCUGGACGGCACUGGCGCCACUUCCGUGCCCAGCUGGCAGUCCAAGAUCGUGAAGGGUACCCCUGAGCGCUGCGCCACCGCCGACAACUCCACCAUCAUCGACAGCAGCUUCGCCGAGAACGCCGAGCUGCGCAAGAUCUGGGUGCAGCUGGAGGAGAAGUACAAGAUGCCCUCCAACUGA